UUGAAGCACGCUUUGUCUUACCUUUGCCACUUUUUGCUGCACUCGCUCGAAAUUAGCUGUAUUGACGGCUUUAAAGUCGCUUUCGUCAUCGGAACUGUUGGCUUGUGACAUUGUUGUCGCUUAAAACGUAAGUGAUGGCUGCUGAAGUCGCUCAACUGCUGCUUUCUGUAAUCCAGGGGAUUCCCGGUGGCGCUACAAACGAUGAUCUGACUAAAGCUCUGUCUGACAUGCCUGCUGCAACGCGCGUUGAGGGUCUCAAUAUAUUGUUGCAGCAAGGCGGCAUAGAAGUGCUGAAAAAGGGUGAGAAACUAAUAUAUCGUGCCAAGGAUCCACAAAAGAAGAGCGCAUUGCCCAAAGAUGCUGACAAUGAGGAAAAGAUCGUUUACAGCAUUGUUGAAGAGGGCGGCAACAAAGGCAUAUGGAUACGUGAUAUUCGCAUCAAGUCAAAUUUGAACAUGACACAGUUAAAUAAGAUCCUUAAGAACUUGGAAACAAAGAAGCUCAUUAAGGCCGUCAAAUCUGUGAAUGCUAGCAAAAAGAAAGUUUAUAUGCUGUACAACUUGGAGGCUGAUCGAUCUGUAACGGGCGGCGCUUGGUAUCAGGAUCAGGACUUUGAGGUGGAGUUUGUUGAUGUGCUGAAUCAACAAUGUUUGCGGUUUCUGCAGAUGAAACGUGAAACAGCCGAGAAGAAACGGGAUGGUCCAUUGGCCUUCAAGCAAAUGUCUUGUUGCUCAGUAAAAGAUGUUCACAAAUUCAUCUCAGACUUGGGUAUUAGCAAAGUUAAUUUGGAUGAAGACGAUUUGGAGACCAUAUUGAAAACCGUCGUCUACGAUGGUAAUGCAGAGCGUAUAUUGCAAUCCGAUGGUGCUUAUGUAUAUCGCGCUGUAAAUAUGCCGCUGCCAGCGCCGGGCUUGGUGCAGAUGCCUUGUGGCAUCUGUCCUGUGAUCAAGAACUGUUCCGAUUGCGGUGAUGUUACUGCAAUUAAUUGUCAAUAUAUGAAGGAUUGGUUGGAUUAAAAUAAAUUAUUUAUAGCUACACAAAUUAGUUAACUUUAAAUAUCGUAUAUAGAGUAGUUCAACGGCUGUCAACUACAGUUUGAAAUUGGCGCUCUCCACAAUUUACCCUAUCGAUAUCUUUUUAUCGAGUAGUUUAAUUAUAUAAAACUUAUAUAUCAAAUAAUGCUAGAAAAUAAAUAAAAAGCGUACACAUUUCUAUUUAAUUUCAUACAUUAUUUAUUAAUUGAAGUUAUUUAUUCAGUGAUGAUUGAUAUUUUAACGGCUUUUAUUAACAGCAGCUCAAAAUAGGCCGUAUCGAUUAAUCGCCAUUUCGAUAACAAAACACUUGCUAUGGAGACGAGACAGUGGAAAUACGUGGCUGACAAUUCUGUGAUUGACCAGACGAAAAUUCCAACAAAAGCCAACUAAAAUCAAUUUAAGUACAUUUUAAUUAACAUUAAA